CCCGAGUGGCCAAUCAAUAGUCAGGUGAGGGAUUUUGGGUCCCCACCCCAUCCCAACCGGCGUUUGAGCACGUGCACGGUGUUCUGGGACCUUUGUCCCGCAAAGUCACGCUUCGCGGGCACCCCUUGGUCCCUUUUUCUGGUCAGAUGUGCUUGAUUCUUUUCUGCUCUACAACCCACCUCUCCAGUCGUGUCUUCCCAUCUCCCUACUCAUUCUCUCCCGCGCCGCUGCGGGUGAGAGCCUUCAGCGGUGCGUCCUAAGGAGCGUGAGGAGUGUGCGGAGCUUGGCACACCAAGUUGCUGAGACUGUGACACCAGCCUCCGCCCGUUCCGCGCGGGUGCAGGCGGCGAGCCUCGGCUCGGACACCACAGCUCUCGUGCCCGCGCCGGGCAGUCCUCUGCCUGUCCAGAGGCAGCACUCCUGGCUCUCGGCUGGCUGUGGGUCUGUCUUGUGGGGCUCCAGCACUAGCCUGCUCGGCCUCGGAAACUCCUGCAGCGUCCAGAACACAGAAAAUAGACUCAUCACCUAAUUCGCCAGGGAGCUCGAGCGCUGCGGGGCCGCGGGGCUGCCUCCCCCGCUCCUCCCCCAACCCGACCCCACCCCACCCCCGCCAGGGCUUCAGCGGCCUCCCGGAGUCACACAGCCUACCCCCCCACCUCAACACCCCCUCCCCCGGCAGACAAAGGGCCUGGGCAAAUUCGCCGCCCGGCCUCCUAGCGCUCCGGGGAGGCCGCUGCGCCCCGGAGUGGAUCGCGCUGGAGGCGUGCGCCGGGCGAGAAGCCGCGGCCGCGGGAGCGCAGUAUGGGGAAGAACCGCGAGAUGCGCCUGACUCAUAUCUGCUGCUGCUGCCUCCUUUACCAGCUGGGGUUCCUGUCGAAUGGGAUCGUUUCAGAGCUGCAGUUCGCCCCCGACCGCGAGGAGUGGGAAGUCGUGUUUCCUGCGCUCUGGCGCCGGGAGCCGGUGGACACGGCUGGCGGCAGCGGGGGCAGCGCGGACCCGGGCCGGGUGCGCGGCGUUGGGGGCGGCGGAAGCGCCCGGGCGCAGGCUGCCGGCAGCUCACGCGAGGUGCGCUCUGUGGCUCCGGUGCCUUUGGAGGAGCCCGUGGAGGGCCGAUCAGAGUCCCGGCUCCGGCCCCCGCCGCCGUCGGAGGGUGAGGAGGACGAGGAGCUCGAGUCGCAGGAGCUGCCGCGGGGAUCCAGCGGGGCUGCCGCCUUGUCCCCGGGCGCCCCGGCCUCGUGGCAGCCGCCGCCUCCCCCGCAGCCGCCCCCGUCCCCGCCCCCGGCCCAGCAUGCCGAGCCGGAUGGCGACGAAGUGUUGCUGCGGAUCCCGGCCUUCUCUCGGGACCUGUACCUGCUGCUCCGGAGAGACGGCCGCUUCCUGGCGCCGCGCUUCGCAGUGGAACAGCGGCCAAAUCCCGGCCCCGGCCCCGGCCCCACGGGGGCAGCAUCCGCCCCGCAACCUCCCGCGCCACCAGACGCAGGCUGCUUCUACACCGGAGCUGUGCUGCGGCACCCUGGCUCGCUGGCUUCUUUCAGCACCUGUGGAGGUGGCCUGAUGGGAUUUAUACAGCUCAAUGAGGACUUCAUAUUUAUUGAGCCACUCAAUGAUACAAUGGCCAUAACAGGUCACCCACACCGUGUAUAUAGGCAGAAAAGGUCCAUGGAGGAAAAGGUCACAGAGAAGUCAGCUCUUCACAGUCAUUACUGUGGUAUCAUUUCAGAUAAAGGAAGACCUAGGUCUAGAAAAAUAGCAGAAAGUGGAAGAGGGAAACGAUACUCAUACAAAUUACCUCAAGAAUACAACAUAGAGACUGUAGUGGUUGCAGACCCAGCAAUGGUUUCCUAUCAUGGAGCAGAUGCAGCCAGGAGAUUCAUUCUAACCAUCUUAAAUAUGGUUUUUAACCUUUUCCAACACAAGAGUCUGGGUGUGCAGGUCAAUCUUCGUGUGAUAAAGCUUAUUCUGCUCCAUGAAACUCCACAAGAACUAUAUAUUGGGCAUCAUGGAGAAAAAAUGCUAGAGAGUUUUUGUAAGUGGCAACAUGAAGAAUUUGGCAAAAAGAAUGAUAUACAUUUAGAGAUGUCAACAAACUGGGGGGAAGACAUGACUUCAGUGGAUGCAGCUAUACUUAUAACAAGGAAAGAUUUCUGUGUGCACAAAGAUGAACCAUGUGAUACUGUCGGUAUAGCUUACUUGAGUGGAAUGUGUAGUGAAAAGAGAAAAUGUAUUAUUGCUGAAGACAAUGGCUUGAAUCUUGCUUUUACAAUUGCUCAUGAAAUGGGUCACAACAUGGGCAUUAACCAUGACAAUGACCACCCAUCGUGUGCUGAUGGUCUUCAUAUCAUGUCUGGUGAAUGGAUUAAAGGACAGAAUCUUGGUGACGUUUCAUGGUCUCGAUGUAGCAAGGAAGAUUUGGAAAGAUUUCUCAGGUCAAAGGCCAGUAACUGCUUGCUACAAACAAAUCCGCAGAGUGUCAAUUCUGUGAUGGUUCCCUCCAAGCUGCCAGGGAUGACAUACACUGCUGAUGAACAAUGCCAGAUCCUUUUUGGGCCAUUGGCUUCUUUUUGUCAGGAGAUGCAGCAUGUUAUUUGCACAGGAUUAUGGUGCAAGGUAGAAGGUGAAAAAGAAUGCAGAACCAAGCUAGACCCACCAAUGGAUGGAACUGACUGUGACCCUGGUAAGUGGUGUAAGGCUGGAGAAUGUACCAGCAGGACCUCAACACCUGAACAUCUGGCCGGAGAGUGGAGCCUGUGGAGUCCUUGUAGCCGAACCUGCAGUGCUGGGAUCAGCAGUCGAGAGCGCAAAUGUCCUGGGCUAGGUUCUGAAGCAAGGGAUUGUAAUGGUCCCAGAAAACAAUACAGAAUAUGUGAGAAUCCACCUUGUCCUGCAGGUUUGCCUGGAUUCAGAGACUGGCAAUGUCAGGCCUAUAGUGUUAGAACUUCCUCCCCAAAGCAUGUACUUCAGUGGCAAGCUGUCCUGGAUGAAGAAAAACCAUGUGCCUUGUUUUGCUCUCCUGUUGGAAAAGAACAGCCUAUUCUUCUAUCAGAAAAAGUGAUGGAUGGAACUUCUUGUGGCUAUCAGGGAUUAGAUAUCUGUGCAAAUGGCAGGUGCCAGAAAGUUGGCUGUGAUGGUUUAUUAGGGUCUCUUGCAAGAGAAGAUCAUUGUGGUGUAUGCAAUGGCAAUGGAAAAUCAUGCAAGAUCAUUAAAGGGGAUUUUAAUCACACCAGAGGAGCAGGUUAUGUAGAAGUGCUGGUGAUACCUGCUGGAGCAAGAAGAAUCAAAGUUGUGGAGGAAAAGCCGGCACAUAGCUAUUUAGCUCUCCGAGAUGCUGGCAAACAGUCUAUUAAUAGUGACUGGAAGAUUGAACACUCUGGAGCCUUCAAUUUGGCUGGAACUACCGUUCAUUAUGUAAGACGAGGCCUCUGGGAGAAGAUCUCUGCCAAAGGUCCUACUACAGCACCUUUACAUCUCCUGGUGCUCCUGUUUCAGGAUCAGAAUUAUGGUCUUCACUAUGAAUACACUAUCCCAUCAGACCCUCUUCCAGAAAACCAGAGCUCUAAAGCACCUGAGCCCCUCUUCAUGUGGACACACACAAGCUGGGAAGAUUGCGAUGCCACUUGUGGAGGAGGAGAAAGGAAGACAACAGUGUCCUGCACAAAAAUCAUGAGCAAAAAUAUCAGCAUUGUGGACAACAAGAAAUGCAAAUACUUAACCAAGCCAGAGCCACAGAUUCGAAAGUGCAAUGAGCAACCAUGUCAAACAAGGUGGAUGAUGACAGAAUGGACCCCUUGUUCACGAACUUGUGGAAAAGGAAUGCAGAGCAGACAAGUGGCCUGUACCCAACAACUGAGCAAUGGAACACUGAUUAGAGCCCGAGAGAGGGACUGCAUUGGGCCCAAGCCCGCCUCUGCCCAGCGCUGUGAGGGCCAGGACUGCAUGACCGUGUGGGAGGCGGGAGUGUGGUCUGAGUGUUCAGUCAAGUGUGGCAAAGGCGUACGUCAUCGGACCGUUAGAUGUACCAACCCAAGAAAGAAGUGUGUCCUCUCUACCAGACCCAGGGAGGCUGAAGACUGUGAGGAUUAUUCAAAAUGCUAUGUGUGGCGAAUGGGUGACUGGUCUAAGUGCUCAAUUACCUGUGGCAAAGGAAUGCAGUCCCGUGUAAUCCAAUGCAUGCAUAAGAUCACAGGAAGACAUGGAAAUGAAUGUUUUUCCUCAGAAAAACCUGCAGCAUACAGGCCAUGCCACCUUCAACCCUGCAAUGAGAAAAUUAAUGUAAAUACCAUAACAUCACCCAGACUGGCUGCUCUGACUUUCAAGUGCCUGGGAGAUCAGUGGCCAGUGUACUGCCGAGUGAUACGUGAAAAGAACCUAUGUCAGGACAUGCGGUGGUAUCAGCGCUGCUGUGAAACAUGCAGGGACUUCUAUGCCCAAAAGCUGCAGCAGAAGAGUUGACCUCUAGCAGGCUGGCUGGAUCACAGCUCUUUGCAAUUACAUUAUUUAUAAACACAAACACUAGCAUGUUUUUCAGACCAAAUAUUAUCAGAUUACAUAUAAUUUAAUCAAAUUAAUUUAUUUUUUUGCCUGCCAAACAUCCAAUGUGGUGCUUGUUUUGGUUACACAAACAUUUUGAUUUAUACUAUAUGGCUUCAUAAAUAAUUUUAUAUGAAUGAAUUAGUUGGAUCCAGUAAUAUAAUAAAAAGAAAAAGGAAAAAAAUAGAUCAUUAUACUUAAAACAAUGUUUCGUUGUUUGUUAGGGCUAUCUCUAAGGUGCUACUCUCUCCCCACCAAUAACAUUGAAUUAUCCAGAAUGUAUACUGACUUAGCAUAAUAGUUUAGGUGUAUAUGAAGAGAAACUAUUUUUGUUUUUUGGUGUCCUGCUGCAGAAUUAGCCCAUUUUCUGUCACCUGCAGGAGAUGUGUAAACAUAAUGAACCUCAUGCUGUUGAACAGGUUUUUAGAGAAUGUAUUAUGAAUUUGGUUCAGAUUUAUAGACAUCCAUAGGAAAAAUUCUGCUGUAAUUAUAACCUUAUUUUGAUAUGGAAAAGAAAAGUCAAAAUAGAGACUUUGAUCAUGUUCAUGAACAUGUACUUGAACACAAGUAUUGUAACAAUGAAACACUGUAAUGAUUUACACUGAAUCACAAUUGCACUGUUGAUAUAGUGUAGAGAAAUCGUUAGAAAUGGUAACAUCUUACAAAAAAUGUGUAUUAUUUUAACAUGUUAUCACUAGAUUUUAGCUUUUUUUAAAUAUUUUUAACAAAGAAAACAUUGAUCCACCCAUUUCCCUGUAUCUUUUUAGCAGAUUUAUUAAAGAGUAUAGUACUUAGCCUCACGAAUCAUAAUUAGAAAAUUUACUAAUAUUUCUCAGCCUUUUCCCUAGGAACAAGGAAAAACAGAAAGCAUAUAAUACUGUGGUCGUUUCAUUGUGUUUUUCUUCCUUUUAAAAAUUAAAAAGUUUUACAAUUAUGUGAAACGUUCAAAAGCCAGCUUAAAAUUUUUCUUGUGAGAAAAUAUUGUACAUGAUUCACAUGAUUUCUUAGAUUUUUCAAUAAAAUAUGUAAAACUUCCCAUUGAGAGACAAUUCUUCAUAGACUUGUCACAUAUCCACAUGUCUGAUGAACAAAGGUACUGUCUACUUUUGUUCUGGAGUAUCUUCUAGAGGAUGUUUAUAGAGUGAACUGCCUUGGAAGAUAGUAUCUCUCUUGGGAGCAAAGGGCAAACAUGCUUCUCAUUAUAAAAGUUUCAGGUUCCCUAAAAUUGGGGUUUCUUUACUAUAAGACAAUCCAAUGCAUGUUCUGAGGUCACCUGGCUCUCUUCAUGUCACCCUUUGGGAAAUGGGGCUCAAGGAGCCAGUACAGGAAAAGCUGAUUCCCUGGCUACUACUAUUGCUGUGAGUAAUAAAGUCCUUUGUCUCUAAUGCAGGAGUCUCAUGUCUUCUGCCCUGAAAUCAUAACAGGCUAACUUGAUAAGUUGCAAGUAAGGUAAAACCUCAAAAGCUUCACAGUUCUUUACAUUUCUGUCAUUAAUAUUUUUCACCUUCAUUUUAAUAAAUGUGUUUUAAUAUCGAGGUUACCUUUUUCCUAGAUUGACCGUUCCUAUGUAAGUCC